AUGGUCUCCAUUCUGCUUCUUCGCCUGCUCGCCUUUCAGUGUCAAUUAGCCUUUGUUUUCCCCACAAGAAACACCUCUUUCAAGUGCAAGCAAGACGUGGAGGCGUUCCUUUCUGAUCUGAAUUCAAAAGAGCCCAAUGAAUAUGCUCUGAAAAUGUAUGAUGCCAUUGGCAAACUGGGGAGCAAUGUUCUUAGUGGAAACAUGGACAGACUGGGCUCUUACAGCGAAUGCCUCUCCACUCGUGCUCCCAUGGGGCGCUUCCAAGGGCAGUACUGCAAGGUUCACAUCCUGCAGGAUGGUGCAGAAUACAGUGUGGGCGUGUGUGUUCCUGAUUCCUGUACGGAAGAAGAUGUGACUGUAUUGUCUCGGCUGGGUAUUUUAAGAUUCCGAAACAUCUCAUUUCUGGCACCGUCCCUGUCUCUCUUCAUGAUAAAUUCUUCCUCCUCACCUGGGGUGGUUAUGGCCACAUGUGCUGGUGGGAUGUUCCCCUUCGACACGUUUGCUGCCGUGUGUCUGUUCUUCACCAUGCUGGGCCUUGCCCUUCCCCUGAUUGGAACCAUCUACGUGGUGGCUGCGGGGUGGAUGUCAGACCACAGGACAGCGCCGACUCAAGGAAGCCCCCUGGCCAAUUACGAAGUCUUGAGUGCCAUGGACCAUGCUCUGAAAUGCUGUUCUUGGCAGAAGAAUGUGGCCUCCAUGAGGAAUACAAGGACCCCAGCAGACACCUGUCCCGUGCUCGACGGCAUCCGUGUCGUAAGUCUCCUCUGGAUCAUCUCGGGACACACCAGCCAGAUGACAGCCUGGCUGUCUUUGGAUAAUGUCCUUGAAUGGAAAGCUAGAGUGCUUAAAAGCCCCUUGUACCUUUAUUCUCGGAGUGGCCCCUUCUAUCUUGGGGUUGAUACCUUUUUCCUGCUCAGUGGCUGCUUAAGUGCCAGGUCAUUUUUAAAGAUGCAACAGCAUUCCGACAGAGGAAUAACUCCUAAAAUCAUACUCAGGUACUUUUCCAGUCGUCUGAUAAGGCUACAGCCUCUGCAUUUGUACUCCGUGUGCUUGCUGGGUGGACUGUUCCCCCUUGUCCCCUGGGGCCCCGUCUGGGAAGUGCCCAGGCUGCACCUGGAUAACUGCCGGCAAACCUGGUGGACAAACUUACUGCUUCUCAACAACCUUGUCUCCGUUCAGAAGGCGUGCAACGGCUGGACGUGGUACCUGGCCAAUGACUUCCAGUUCCACCUCGUUACACCAGCCAUCAUUGCCAUCCACAGCAAGAGUAGCUUGGCCCUCAGCAUCCUGGGGACCACUCUGUUGGCAUUGUCCUUCACAGUCACCGCUCUGCUCACGCUGGUUUAUAAGCUUCCGGUUGCAGCUCCAUCAGAAGCAAGUGAAGAUGUGGUUGUGUUGUACUUCUCCGAAUACUACACCAAGCCCUACUGCCGCUUUGGGCCGUUCCUCACAGGCCUUCUUUUGGGUAUUUUCAUGAAUCAAAAGCAGAAGACGAACAUCCUCACAACCAAGGUACAGGCUCUGCUUGGCUGGACUUGUGCCUUGCUGGUCCUCUUUGCAGUGGUCAUUCUGGCCUAUGUGCUGGAUGAUGCCUCUUCCUCAACUUCAGCUGCCACCGUCAUCUACCAGGCCCUGCACCGGACUGUGUGGGCAGCAGCCGUGGGCUGGGUCAUCUUCGCAUGCCAGGAGGGCUAUGGAGGGCUGGUGGACCGGGUGCUCUCUUGGCCCGGGUGGACCCUGCCAGCCAGCAUCAGUUACGCCUGCUACCUGGUGCAUCCCAUCCUGAUCCUUGUCUACAACGGACGGCAGGAAACACUCCUUCACUACAGUGAUGCCAACAUGUUCUAUCUCUUCUGUGGACACUGUUUACUGACCUUCAUCGCCGGGCUGGCCCUGACGCUGUUCAUUGAGAAACCGUGUCUAGAGCUGAAGCGGAGUCUCCUGGGACCAGUGCUCACAGGGCCGUGA